CUAAAGAAACAAAUCCCAUGAAAUCAAAUGGUUUAUAUUAGUAUUGUAAACCGAAACAUCCUAACUCUAACCCUGCAAGUCUCAGGGGGCCUUUUUGUCUGAUCCAAGGGAUGGAUUAAAUUUAAGAUUUGAUAGCUUUAAUUUAAAUGAAGUCAAACUUUUCUGUAAGUUAUAAAGGCCAUCUGCAAGAGUACUAGGAAGGAAGCAGUGCUUACACAUAGCCAUGAAAGGGGUUUUCUGCUGAUGACAAUCCACUGUGCAUACAAAGCAGUGUUUAGCCCAAGUCACAUAAUUCAUCUGCAAAGUGUCAGUGCUUGACCCAAGUUUUGUGUCCAAACUUUCUAGCAUUGGCCUUUGUUUAGGAAAGAAUGACUCAGCCAUCCCACUGUUCUUCGUUUUACAGAUGUGUCAGGAAUUUAACCAGUUAAAACUGUGAGGCCAUUUCAGUUUGUGGGCUGACUUUAGCAUGAAACUAUUAUAUACUCUGGGUCACAUGGCAUAACAUUUCAUCCAAGCAAGUCUAUUAAUUCUGGCAGCAGCAAGAGAAAGUUUCAGAGCUUCUGGAAUCCGGCAGAUGUAGUGUUUCCUUAGGGCUUUGGGAAGCACAGAAUUAUUUGCAGGCUCACGAUCCAGCCUUCUUCCAAAAGCUUUGAUGUUUGCAAUGGAUCAUCCUAACACAACACAGUCCAUGCUGGCUGUUGAAAAUUCUGGCUCUGUUGCUUCCCUGUCUGAAAAGAAUGGACGUAGUAGCAAUGAAUACUUUUAUAUCCUGAUUGUCAUGACCUUCUAUGGAAUCUUUUUAAUGGGAAUCAUGGUAGGCUAUAUGAACUCCAAGAGGAAAGAAAAGAAAUCUAACUUGCUGCUGCUCUAUAAAGAUGAGCAGAGGAAAUGGGGACAAGCUGUAAAGUCUCUGCCAACAGUAUCAGGACUGAGGUCUGUCCAGUUUCCAAUGAUGAUCAGUAUGCUACAAGACAGCAUGGUACCAGCUUUUUCCUGCACCUUGUGUUCUGUGGAGGGAAGCAGUGAAUCUUCCUUGCCAGAUGUUCACCUCACUAUUGAAGAAGAAAUGCCUAUUGAUGAACUAGGAGAAUCAACCGAAAUAGCCCUGCUCAAGGACAGUAGUGAAGGUUCUUCAGAAACCAUCCAUCAACAUUCCUAGCAUUUCCAGGCUCUGAAGACCUUUUAAAAAAUUAUAAUCAGUUUUUCUUCUGCCGUCGAUCCAUCCAUCACCAGGAUGGAUUAUUAUGUUAUUGGAACUUUGAAAGAAAAGUAAUAAGCCCAAAUAUAAUGUAAAACAGAAUGGCUUGGUUACUAAAGUCAGAGAAGGAUUUUUUUUUCUCUGAAGGAAAUAUCAUGGCCUUCCUUCAGCUUAUGAAUAAUCAGUAAUUUGACAACUAAUGUCACAAAUAUUUUACCCUAUUAAAUGUCUCAAUGAGACAUUCUAAUCUAAAAGUGACUAACAGCAAUAGUAAGUGCAAAAAUCAAUCUUUGCAUCACUGAGUGACUAAGCAGCAGCCCACUUGAAUGAAUUCCUUACUUUCAGAUAUGUAUAAUUGUGUAGAAGAAGUAAGUUUAUACAGAUAUAUGAACAGCAAUUGGGAAGGGGGCAUGAUAAUGAAAUGGCAUGAAACUUUUAACUUCUAGGUAUA